AUGAUUGUUGAUAACUGCCCCGCCCACCCUCAUGUCACUGGUCUUACCAAUGUAGAACUGAUAUUUCUCCCCCCAAACACCACGAGUCAUACUCAACCAAUGGAUCAGGGUGUUAUUCAAAAUCUAAAAGUGCACUAUCAAAAACAUAUUAUUGUCAGACACCUUGCCACCAUAGACAAAAAAACUGAAGUUAAACUUUCGGUUUUGGAUGCCCUCCGAUUUUUAAAACUUGCGUGGGAUAACGUAUCAGUAGGGACAAUUAACCACUGUUUCCGCCAUGCAGGCUUCAUUAAUACAACUGAGUCGGCCAAUCCGGAGUAUGAAAGUGACCCCUACGACGAUGUUCCCUUGUCACACCUAGUAACCAACGGUGUGACUUUAAUGGAAUAUGCACGUGCCGAUGACAGCCUGGUCACCUGUGCUCCCAUUUCCGACAACAGCAUUGUUGAAGAGGUGUUGGCUGCCCGGACCCCUGUUGUAGCAGAACCAGAGCCAGAGAGUGAUACGGAAAAUGACGACACUGCCGAUAUUCCCCCGCCGUCGUUGACAUCAGCAACAGAGGCACUGAGUUAUUAA